CAAAUUUUCAUUCAGGAUACAUGAACACCACAUGACCUUUCUCUAUUAUUACGGUUCUUAUAGAAAGUAGACCAAGCUAUUAUUGUGCCGAAGGUCCCCACCUAGUGAUCAGUUGAUGUGCAGGGCGUUGACGUGUAAACCGAUCCAGGUUCUCAGCUCCUUAGGGGUUGCUGAAAGAGAAAAGGUGGCCUCUUUGCACAUAAAGACAACACAUCCAGAGCGGGGCUCCUCACAUCUUUCAGGUGACGCUGACCUGAUGGAGCAUCUCCAGGUGUUCAUGGCGCUGCUCGCCCUCGCCACUGCCCAGAACGUCACACACAGCUCUCAUCAUCAUCCAUGUUACCUGCUGCUGGCUCCUGCCGUCCUUCAGGAAGCUCGUCCAACAUCCUUGUCCAUCACCAUCCUCAUUUCUACUCCCGUCUUCGUGUCCGCUCGCAUCCUUCAUGACGACCUUGUAGUGGCCUCAGAGUCCGUCACAGUGGGAGGAGAUUCCACGCAGCUCCUGACUCUUCCACCUGUCAACAUCAGCAAGUCCAGCUACCAGUACCCCUACCUCCUGGAGGUCACAGGUUACGUGGACAGCAUGCAGGUUUUGUCCAACAGCACACAUCUGUACUUUCAGCAAAAAGACCUCUGCACCACCUUCAUCAAGACAGACAAAGUCAACUAUUAUCCGGGUCAGACGGUCCACAUCAGGACUGUGUCCGUACAAGCCGAUGGAAAAGCCUGCAGCUCCUUGGUGGACAUCAUGGUCAAAGACCCGCGGGGGAACCUGCUCAGACAGUGGCGGUCUUUAGAGGCGGUCCUGGGGGUGGUUUCCAGAGAGUUCCGUCUGUCUGAGAAGCCGCCGCUGGGCCAGUGGACCAUCUGUGCGCUGGUGGACGGGGCCACCGUCUACAAACACGUGCACAUACUUUAUCACGAGACACCGAAGUUCCUGGUGCUGGUGGAUGUUCCCUAUGCGAUACAUCAUGAAGACAUGCUGCACGGCGUCGUCACAGCAAAGUACAUGUCUGGUCAGCCUGUGAGAGGAUACGCCAACAUUACCAUGCUGCAUCUCUACCACGGAUAUCAAGAUGCUUAUGAUCAACACACACAGAUCGAUGGCAGCGCCGACUUCAAGUUUGUGCUUCCUAACUUCCAUCCCAGGAGCAGCAGAUCUGCUGAGAGGACAUACAGUGAAAGCUACAUGGAGAAAGAAUCCCUAAAGAUCACAGUCAAUGUGACGGAUCAUGUGACAGGUGUGACUCAUCAGGCCAGCGCCAAGGUGUGUGUGUCCAUGCAGAGGUACAAGCUGUCCUUCAGCGGUUAUCCAAAAGUACUAAAGCCCUCCAUGAGCUUUACAGCCAAAGUGCAAAUAUACAAGUACAACUAUGAGCCCUUGUCCAUGGAGGACCUCCAAAAGACACUCAAGGUGUCCGUGAUGCAGCAACGGGCUUGGAACAUGGACGCAGUCGACCAGUUGGUCCCCAGAAGACAUUCACAUGACUAUCCGGAGCAGACGUCCUCCCAGGACAUGGAAUUUCCCAUCCACGAGGACGGUGUGGUGGUCCUCAACUUCCUGCUCAUGAACGACACGCAAAGUCUGACCAUCGAUGCUUCUCUGGAGGACAGCCACAAGACGCUCCAGCUGGACACCUACUACCAGUCUCCCAGUCAGUCUUACAUCCAGAUCCAAAAAUACUCAGACAGCGCUGAGGUAGGAUCCCCCUUCAUGCUGCAUGUGGACAGCAGCUUCCCACUGACUGGGAUUCACUAUGUGGUGAAGUCCAGAGGUCAGAUUGUUUCUGCUGGGAAGAGUUCUGCUCAUAUAACACUGGUUCCGGAACCCGCCUGGGCUCCGAUGGUUUCCGUCAUUGUCUUCCUGGUGAGACCAGAUGGCGAGGUCGUCAACGACAUGGUCCGGCUGUACAUAAGUCCAUAUCUGCCCAACAAGGUGUCUCUGAGCUGGAGCGAGCCAAAGACCAGACCGGGCAAUGAGGUCACGCUCAGGGUGUCCGUAGAAGAACCCGGAUCUUUGGUUGGGAUCUUGGUGCAGGACAAGGCAGCGCAUUGGGCGGGACCACACUAUGACAUGACAAAGAACAUGGACAAGGACUACUAUGACGCCUCCAUGGAGACCUAUUAUCCUGACGCCCUGAGGAUGGGAGAUCCGCUCUCUGUCUUCAUGUUGUGUCACCUGCUGGUUUUGACCGACGCUACGCUCCACGCGUACCAUCCUGGGCUGAAGGACCAAGCAGGCGAGGAAGACUACUACCUGUUCCACAUGGACUCUGAGUACCACAGUGGACAAGAGUGGGAGUCUCCGGAGAGCUGGAUUUCUCCAGAGACAUGGAUCUGGAUGGAAACAUCUACAGGUGACUCCCGUUCAGCAGACAUCACAGUGACGGUACCAGACAGCAUCACCACAUGGAGCGCCAUGGCCUUCGUCAUGUCACAGAACCUCGGCCUCGGCAUCACAGAGAGACCCGCACAGCUGACCGUCUACAAGGAGUUCUGCCUGUCCUUGAACCUGCCACCCUUCAUCAUCAGAGGGGAGGAGCUUCUGCUGGAGGUCGUCCUCUACAACAACCUGCAUCAGGACCUGCAGCUGAUCGUCGUCGUCGCUCAGAGUGAAACCUUUGAGUUCAUCUUCCCGGACAACGAGAUGCUUGCCAUGCCAGGCGUGAGGCGGGUGCCCUUGGCCGGGAAGAGCGCCGCCUCCGUCCUCGUUCCCAUCAGGCCGCUGGUCCUGGGCGAGAUCCCCAUCUUGGUGAAGGCCAGCUCAUCUGUGGCUUCGGACGUCUUCCAUGGGAAAGUCCUAGUGAAGCCUGAAGGCAUGGAGCAAACCUUCUCCACUUCGCUGCUGUUGGACGUUCCACCAAGACGGUCAGAAAUGGUGACUUUCACAUUCCCUGAUCAUGUGGUGGCAGGAAGCAGCAGAGCCUGCCUGACACUGGUUGGCGACAUCUUGGGUCCGUCCAUCAGCGGCCUGGACUCUCUCAUCCAGAUGCCGUACGGAUGCGGAGAACAGAACAUGAUCAACUUUGCUCCAAACAUCUACGUCCUCCAGUACCUGAACGCCAGUGGACAGGCAGAGCAGGACAUCACGGACAUGGCUGUGGCGUACAUGAUGACAGGUUACGAGCGAGAGCUGUCCUACCAGCGGGCAGAUGGUUCCUUCAGCGCUUUCGGAGAGCAGGACUCUUCUGGAAGCACGUGGCUGUCCGCCUUCGUGCUGAGAUGUUUCCUUCAGGCGCGACCGUUCAUCAGCAUAGAAGACAAUGUGCUGCACGCCGCUGCCGCAUGGCUGGGAAACCAGCAGGGGGCGGACGGUGCCUAUGAGGAGCCCGGACGUGUCAUCCACACAGAGCUUCAAGGAGGUCUGGACGGACCUGUCUCCCUGACGGCCUACGUCCUUAUCGCCCUGCUGGAGGACCCCCACAUCACAGCUCAGUACGCCCCCCAGGUGUCAGCAGCACUGAUGUUCUUAGAGACACGUCUGGUUCUGGGCGUGUCCAGUAACUACAGCCUCAGCCUGCUCGCCUACGCGUUGGCGCUAGACGGCAGCACCAACGCCCAUGUGGCACUGGAUGAGCUCAUGGGACGAGCUGACAUGACGGAUGGCGUGCCGAGGUGGACGUCACCUGGCAGCGGCCUGGCAGAGUCAUGGCAGCCUCGCACGGCCGACAUCGAGAUGGCGUCCUAUGUGCUGCUGGGCCUGCACAAGACGGGCCGCCUGGCUGAGGGCGUCGGCUUGGUGAAGUGGCUCGGGCGUCAGCGCAACCCCGGCGGAGGAUUUGGGAGCACUCAGGACACCGUGGUGGCGCUGCAGGCUUUGUCCACGUUCGCCGUCCUUCUCGACCGUGACGUCAACCUCACAGUCAGCGUCAACGGCGGCGUCUUCCACAUCCACCAGAACAACCGCAUGCUCCAGCAGAAGCAGCAGGUGGACAUACAGGACACGCUCAACCUGGCACUGUCGGCGGAGGGUCACGGCCUCGCUUUCUUUCAGCUCAACGUAUUCUACAACGUGAGGACAGAGGAGGUGAUGAGACAACCAAGAGACGCCGGCGAGCAUGAAGCGUUUGACGUGCACGUGCGACUCUACGACAAGCCCAUUGACUCACGUGCGCAUCUGGACGUGUGCUGCAGCCUUUGGAGUGGGCGGGGCCUGAACGCCACGGGUAUGUCCAUCAUGGAGGUCGGUCUCUUGAGUGGCUUCAGCAUCCCACCGGACGCCGUCCACCUGGACCACGUCAUUAAGAGGGUGGAGACGCAGGCGGGGAAGGUCAUCCUCUACCUGGACUCGGUGACAACAGAGAACGUGUGCGUGCUGAUCCCGUUGUUGGUGGACGUGAAGGUGGCGCAGGUCCGGGAAGCGUUGGUGCUGGUCUAUGAUUACUACGAGCCGCGCCGCAGGUCGGCGAGGACGUACGAGUCAAGAUGGCGGCAGGACGUGACCUCAUGCUCCUUCUGCGGUGACGACUGUCGCCUGUGCGCCAACGACCAGUAUGAGGUCAGCGCCGCCGAACGCUUUAGAGUCCGCCCCCUGCACGCUCUCCUCCUUCUCGUCAUCACACUGCUGUGACGUCACCUCAUCUUGAUCAUCAUAAAUUAGUGUUCCUUUGAUCAAUCAAUCAAGGAGAUUUGUGUUUUGAGCUUUGGAAGUACUUUCCUCCGCCAGCAGGUGUCAGCCUUGGCCAACCUUUCAAUGACGUCACUAACGUUGAUAACGUCUUCUUCGUGGCUAUGUACAUGACUACAAAGUCUAAAUGUU